AUGAACGUCAACACGGGCGACCAGAUCUCGGGCCUCGUCACGGCCGACUCGUCCACCACCGGCAACGUCACCAUCAACAACGUCAGCACCGGCCAGUCGAUGAACUUUUACUUUUCCGACGGCGGCGCCGGCCUCUGCGGCUCCUCGGCCGAGUGGAUCCUCGAGGACCUCACCAGCGAGCCCUCGCAAACCCUCGAGCCCUUUGCCGGCUUCCCCGACAACCACUUUACCAACUGCCAGGCCUCUACCAACGGCGGCCAGUCCGCCGGUCCGGGCACCAACAAUGUCAACAUUGCCCAAAACGGUAAAACGCUCUGCACCGGCCAGAUCUCGGGCUCCAGCGUCUACGUCCACAGCUCGUAA